AUGUCUGCCUCGCUGCUGCGUCGGGGUCUCGAGCUGCUGGCCGCGUCCGAAGCCUCCCGGCCGGCGUCCAGCCAGGCCAAGCCGAAGGGGGCUUCGGUGGUGAAGCGGGCCCGGAGAGCGAAGAAGGCCCAGGCCCGGGAACUGCGGAACUCGGCCAAGGGAAAGGUGCCCAAGUCGGCACUGGCCGAGUACCAGAAGCGAGAAUGCCGAGACCAUCUCAGAGAAAACCUGCAGCUCCUGGCCUGUGCGAGAAGCACUGUGGACAAGACCAUCACCCGGAAGAUUCUACUUCAGAACCGGGGCCGCAAGGCCUGCGACAGACCUGUGGUCAAGACAAAGAAGAAGAAGGCUGAGGGCACCGUGUUCACAGAGGAAGACUUCCAGAAGUUUCAGCAGGAGUACUUUGGCAACUAG